AUGAAUAACUUAAAAACCAAACCACCGUUUCCUGAAGAACUUUAUCCAACCAAAGAUUUCAAAGCUACCGAUAAUCACAAUGUCCCUCGAGAGGUGUUCAGAAAUAAUACCACGGCAGUCGAAGUUAUCGUAAAGCAAGUUGGAAACAAAAAUAAAAUCAAUCCUCUUGUAAAUAAAAAUACUAACGGCGAACUACACAAUUUAUAUGCUGAUAUAGAUAUGUUACAAAACGAAGUGAUUAAACUUAAAAGGCACCUAGAAGAGUCGAAGAAAUGCUUUCAAAUAGUCUUAUAUGAAUUUAAAAAACAAUUGGAGGCAGCAAAUCAAAGAGAUCUAAGAAGACAAACAAAGAACGUGCUAAUGCAAUUAGAGAAAGAAAAACUAAAGACCUUAUUGGACUCAAAGUCAAACUUAGUUGUGAAACUGAAGAAAGAACUACUUAGUAUGAGACGUUUAUUAAAAUUUGUUAUAAAAGGGAUCCAAUACACACCCGAGAUCGAUAGUGACUGUGAUUAUGGUGAAUUUGAAAAAGAGCUAAAAAGGUGUGCUUCUUUAAAGAACACUAAAGCCUUCGAUCUGGACUGUUUAACAUUUGAUAGCUUACUUUAA